AACAACCUAGUGUCACUACUCCUAUUCAGGUAUAGCGGCGCCAAGGCUCCGAGAGUCCGAUGUUCCAGCACCUUUUCAAUGUCCAUGCAAUGAAAUCUAAUGGAAUGCAAGUCGACGUUGCAACCCCUCCCAACACACCAAAGUCUCCUUCAAUAUGUCUUCCUUCAGGCUUACCACUCGCGUCCUAUCUAAUGCGCUAACGGCUUCCCGGAUCAUUGGGAGCAUCCCCGCCCGAACCCCGCACCAAAUCCGUCUCCAAUCUACAUCCAGAGUACCACGAUUCGCCCAAGCAUCUCUGUGGGCAUCCAUGGUCCCCAAAUUCCUUCGAAACCGCACCUCCAAAGACACAAAGGCCGAAUCCUCAAAAUCAAAAGAAUGGAACCCCGCAAGUUUCUACAUCAUCAUAUUCAUCUUGAUCGGAUCCCAAGCGAUUCGGAUGAUCGCGCUGAAGAACGAAUAUUCGGCGUACACGCGGACAACGGACGCCAAGAUCCGGUUACUGCGGGAAGUCAUUGAGAGGGUAAAAAAGGGCGAAAAGGUGGAUGUUGAACGGUUGCUGGGAACUGGCGAUCAAGGCAAAGAGAGGGAGUGGGAUGAAAUUUUGCGCGAGAUCGAGGAGGAAGAUUCUUUAUGGCAUCAGAAAUCAAAGAAAGAGGAAUCGGCUCAGGAAGCUCAGUCGGAAGACCCACAAGCAAGUGACAGCGCAAGGUCAAAGGACCCAGCGAUGCCCGCCGAGGGAGCUGCAAACGAGGAGCCACCUGCAGAUGGCCGUUCAAGACGGAAGGUCAAUUUCUUCUAGGAUAUUUAGGUGGGGACUGGUCAGCUCGGCGAUUCGGAUAUCAACUGCCUCUCUUCGCGCUCCGACGAAUGCGCUGUUGCGGCGAUCCAAAAUUGAACCUUAGGGGCACGGUGUCCUUCCACUGCGGUUGGGGCUUAUCACUGUGACCAAGGAUUGAUACCUCCGCUGAUGGUUCAUUAUAUUCCUGAGGAUUAUAUGCGUUGUUCUCUUCGUGUGGAGUAAGAACGGAUACAGUCGAUGUCGUCCGGACGAGGAAAACGUAUUUCCACCAUCACUCCUCACUCUGUAUAUUGAAGAGACGUGUUCCGGCUUUUCUGAAAUGUUAUGAUACCCACGUCAUUUUGACCUCUACAGUGUGUUUGCUCUGUUGUAUAGUACCAAGCCUGGAUGUCGAAUGCAAAAAAGAA